UCGCACCCCCCAUAUUUGGCCGCAUACAUAGAAGCGAAAGAAGUACAGUCAUUUCUAUAAUUCAUUAAUAUAUCAUAAAUCGUGUAGGACUGGUUUAUAACGACUAACAGCCACAAAUCAACCCAAAAAAACCCAAAUGAGCUCUUACUUUGUAAACUCAUUCUCCGGUCGCUAUCAAAAUGGCCCGGAUUAUCAGUUACUUAAUUAUGGGUCGAGCAGCUCCGAGAACGGACCAUACAGGGAUUCAGGCACCAUGCAUACAGGCACUUACGGCUACAACUACAAUGGUAUGGACCUUAGCAUCACCCGUUCAGCUCCAUCUAACCACUUUGGGGUGGUUAAUACAGAGAACUCGAGAAGCUAUCCUUCAGCCGAAACCAGGUUCAGGCAAACAGCGAGCUGCACCCUGUCAUCUCCAGAGCCCCUGUCUUGUUCCGGCAAGGACAGUCACGGAACCAAGGGUUCCCCAACCGACCCGACUACCUCCUCUAGUUCAGCAAGUAAUUUUACAGAAAUGGACGAGGCCGGAGCAUCCUCGGAUGCCGAAGAGGGUUCUCAAGCCACCAACAACAGCCACCCCAGGGCACAGCAAGAGUCAACACAGCCAACCACACCAGAACAGCAGCCACAAAUAUUUCCUUGGAUGAGAAAACUACACAUUGCACACGAUGGUAUGGGUGGACCCGACGGGAAGAGAGCCAGAACCGCUUACACCCGUUUUCAGACACUGGAGUUAGAAAAAGAGUUCCACUUUAACAGAUAUCUAACCCGACGGCGGAGGAUAGAGAUUGCUCACGCGUUGUGUCUCUCUGAGCGGCAGAUAAAGAUUUGGUUCCAGAAUCGCCGGAUGAAGUGGAAAAAGGACAAUAAGUUGAAAAGUAUGAGCAUGUCGGCCGGGACAAGCGCGUUCCAGCCCUAACAAAAUAGCGGGCAAAAGACGAAAGGACACCGCGCAUCAGUACUGUACAGCCAGACAUCUACCCUCCCCCUUCCCUCACCCCCACCUCUCUCCCUCUUUCUCUCUCUCUCUCUCUCCCUACGUGUUGUUAAAUAUUUAAAAAAAAUAAAUGACUUAAACUUUCCCCCCCUGUGCUCCCGCUUAACAAAUUUGUUUUCUUUCAUCCUCCAGUGUUUCCCUAUUGCUGGUCAGUGCUCGUUCCUGUUUCGCAUUUGUCUGUGUCAGUGAACUGUUGGUGCUCUGUUGAAGAGAAAAAAAACGUAGCAUGUUUUUUUUUCCUUUUGGUGGAUUGUAAAUUGUCUAACUUAUUUAUAAUUGACACGUUGUACAAUUUGAUCUUCCUCUCCUCCCCCGCGUCGAUAAAAUGCUAAAAUCUUUGCUCUUGCACUUUCAACCCUCAAAUGUGUGUGCAUGUAUAUAUACGUGUGUGUGUGUGUGUAUAUACAUGCACACGCACACACACACACUCAUUAUAUAUAUGUAUAUCUUCUGAAAGUUCCUAUCUAUACUGCUGUCUGUGAUUUUUAACAACGUGCGUAUGUGGAAAUUCCAUGUUGAAAUCUUAUACACUUGGAUAGAUUCUGAAGUCAGCCACGAUUAUUUAGUGAGAUAUAAUGGUUGUAAAUAAUGUUUAUACUGUUGCCUAAUAGCUAGUCUGUAAUGGGGCAAAGUGACGCGCGGCAUAUUUUCUGUGGAAGUCAACAACGUCCAUCCGACACUAUGUUACCAAUAAGCUCUCUUUCUCUCUCUCUCUCUCUCUCUCUCCCUCUCUCUCUCCCUCUCUCUCUCUGUCUCCCUGUCUCUCUCUCUCUUUUUUUGUAAU